AUGUCGACCAUUCUGCCUCUCGACCUCGUCUCAUUGAUGAGCAUGGGCCUACUUCAGGAUGCUACCCAAGGGUACCCCGAUACCGCAAAGGAGUCGGAGAUGACGACCAAGUCUCCUAACAGAUCGCUUGAACACCGGACUGGCAUGCUCCGAGACGAGAUUUCCACCUUGAGAACCUUCAUUGCAUUGCAGAAGAACGUCUUCCGUACCCUCGACUCAUAUCGGAUCUCGUCAAUAACACCUGUAUAUGCAGCCCGCAAAACGGACGUAUCCAUGGCGAGCCGCCCGGACAUGUUCGCAUAUAGUCGCCCUCGUAUCUGGACAAUAUACCCCGAGCGAGAGCACAUCGUGCACCACGGCCCCGGAGAUGCACCUCGUCACGAGACCGAACCUCCCUAUCGGAGACAAGGGGCGGCAAGCAAUACCAACCCAUACACCCAGAUGGCCGACUACGACUUUGAAUCUUCUCUCGACGAACACGCCAAUUUCAAGAUCAGGGCGACAGACCCUGGGGGCUUCCGUUCCGUAUUCCUGCAAGAAUGCCUGCAGCAUCUGGACCGCCGGGAACGCGAGUUCGAUCAGAUGCAAGGUCAAGCAUCAUACCUAGAAAUUGAGAACCGCCACCGCAUAGACACGACAAAGGACCGCCAGGAGCAGGCUAUAUAUGCCUUUACCAUCGUGACAAUCGUAUUCCUUCCCCUGAGUGCGGUUUCCAGCAUCUUCGGUAUGAAUACAAAGGACGUUCGUGAUAUGGAGUGGAGUCAGUCGAUAUACUGGGCCGUUGCCAUCCCGGUCACGGCACUCGUCAUCUUCCUCGGCCUGUUAAUGACGGGCGAGCUCGAGAAGGUUGCUCGAUGGACGACAGGAGUGGCCGACGGCACGUCUGCCACCACGUCGGACAACCUCGUUCGCUUGACGGGUCGGUGUUUGGCGACCGUCCUCUGGUGUGUAUACGCUUUGGGGGCAUCUACUUCGCCAAUGUUGACUCAACAAGACUAUGGAUGGCAGAAGACAGACACUAUUGCUAGGGGCAAUUAG